UUUUUCUUUUACAGUAUCCGAAAUCAACAAGAAUUACGCCUCCUCUCGUGUCCUCCGAGUCUCUUCCUAUCCCCGCUAGCUACCUCUCUCUCUCUCUCUCUCUCUCUCUCCCGUCGUCUAUCUCUUAACCAAAACCCUAAUUUCACCUCUUUCUCAAGAUAUUCAGGUUCAGCACAUAAUAUUUGGGGAGGGAACAAAAAGAAAAAAACUAAGAGGCAAAAGGCCUGAAGAGGAGCUAUACAACAAUUUUUUUUCCCACAAUCCCUUUCCCCUUUCGCUUUCUUUCUGAUUUUCGCCUUCGCCCACUUCCUUCCGUGGUUUCCCCCGACUAUUACCUAUCGUCUGUGCCUUUCCAAUUUUGUUCUUCUUCUCUCUGGGAAGCGCCAUUGUUUUGGUCUGUCUGCGGUGGAGCUGUUUAGCCUGCAAUCGUAGCCGGUGCUAGGGUUAGUUCGCUUCCCUUUCUUCUCUGUGGCCCAAAAUAUAAUCUCCGCCUAUUUUGGUGCAUCGUAUACAAUUUCCUGUCGUCCGCCUUCAAACCCUAGAACAUUGCAGUUACACGUAGGACAUGAGGGAGGGUUGUAUUGGCAGUGUGGUGGACUGCUAGGGGGCUCUGCUUUCGGUGGAUUGGGGGUAUUGUUUCUGCAAGAGUCUUCUCUUCGCACUGAUUAGUUUCAGUGGUCGUUCCCUUGGGUUAGGUUUUCAUUCAAAUGAUAGUACUGCUUUAUGGUGUUGAACCCUCGUUCGAGAAUCGUGGUAUUCUUUCGUUGAUGGUGUAGAUUCUCCUUCUGCCUCCCUGGUGUUGGCCGAAUUGUGUUUGGACAUGGUGUCCUGUUGAGUGGUUUCCUGCUGGUGUGUGCCAAUCCAUCUUCUUGAUUGAGGAUGGUGGCGUAGGGAAGGUGGUGGUGGGAAGAGAGAGAGACGGGUUACGUUUCCACUUCAAUUCUGCUGUGUUGCAAGCUCGGUUUUGCCACUGCCUUUAUUAUUGCGCUCUGGGUUCGCAGCUGCUUUGAGAAAUUUUUGCUUUUCAGACAUCCGGGUUAAUCGUUGCGAGCAAUUUGAAAGAUACAAUCUCAAGAAAACGUUAAGGAAGCACACCAAAGUCUUUUAAGUCUUUGCUCUGGUCUGGUUUAGUGCCUGAGCGCGAAGGUUGUUGGUUGCGGAAGAGCAACAAGGGUGAAGUUUGGCAAACCAUUACUUUGCACAGCAGGAUAAGCCUCUGGUUUGAGAGGGGUGCUUGAAGUUGAAGAAAACAUUUUUUUUCGCUUUAGUUUCUGAUAAUGUUAAGUGCUUAUCCUUAUGGAAAGAAGUGAACCCACAUUAGUCCCAGAAUGGUUGAGAACUACUGGAAGUGUAUCUGGAGGUGGCAGUUCUGCCCACCACUUUGCAUCUUCUUCUUCGCAUUCUGAGUUAUGCUAUUGUCAUAUAGAUAUCUCUUCAUCCUCAAAUCAUUCGAGGACUCGGAACUCUAAGAGUACAAGUGAUUUUGAUUCCCCUCGUCUGGCAUUUUUGGAUCGAACAUCUUCAUCCAAUUCUAGAAGGAGUUCCAGUAAUGGGUCUGGGAAGCAUGCAUACAGUAGUUUUAGUAGAAACCAUCGUGACAAGGAACGAGAUAGGGACAAAGAUAGGUUGAGCUUUACUGACCAUUGGGAUCGUGAUCCGUCUGAUUCUUUGGGAAGCUUAUUAACUAUUAGGAAUGAGAAGGAUACAUUACGGCGGUCUCACUCUAUGGUAACCAGGAAACAGAGCGAUGUGUUAUCCCGUAGGGUUGCAUCAGACUUGAAGAAUAGAAGUAGCAGCAGCAAUCAUGUAAAUGGCAACGGCUUGAUAUCUGAUAGUGUUUUGGGAAGUACUGCCCAGAAGACUACCUUUGAGAAGGACUUUCCCUCACUUGGAACUGAAGAGAGACCUGUUGUGCCUGAUGUAGUCAGAGUCUCAUCUCCUGGUUUGAGCAAUGGUGUUCAGAGCUUGUCGGUUGGGAUUUCUGCUUUGAUUAGUGGUGAAGGGUGGACAUCUGCUCUUGCAGAAGCACCUCCCGUUGUUGGAACCAUUAGCACAGGGUCUGCACCUACUGCUCAAGUAAUUACUUCAUCUGGAUCUGCUGCUCCAACUGCCAUGGCUGGUCUUAAUAUGGCUGAAGCGUUGACUCAGGCUCCUUCAAGAGCUCGUACGACUCCACAGUUAUCUGUCCAGACACAAAGGCUUGAGGAAUUGGCUAUUAAGCAGUCGAGGCAAUUGAUACCGGUGACACCUUCCCUGCCUAAGAGUUCGGUUCUAAAUGCCUCUGACAAAUUAAAACCCAAAGGUGGUGUGAGAUCUGGGGAGAUGAAUAUGGUCAAGAAUUUGCAGCAGCAACAGCAGCAACCUCCUUCAUUUCUUCAUCCCACCAAUCAAUCUCUUCUUGGUGGGAAGUCGGAGGUACCAAAGACAACUCAUGGGAAACUUUUCAUACUCAAACCAGGGAGAGAAAAUGGGGUAUCCGCUUCUCCUAAGGAUGUUGCUAGUCCGACAAAUAGUACAGCAGCCAGAGUGUUAAAUGCUCAACAAGCUGCGGCUGCUGCUGCUACUUCAGUUGUUGCAUCUGUAGCUCCCAGGAGCCCAAUUAACCCUCCAAAGAUUUUCUCUGGGGGGGAGCGCAAGUCGAAUGCGAUGAUCCCAGGGUUUAGUAUCGAGAAGAAGCCUUCCUUGUCGCAGGCCCAGAGUAGGAAUGAUUUCUUUAACUUGUUGAAGAAGAAAACCUCUGGGAAUGCUUCUAUGGUGGUGACGGAUUCAUCAACUGGUGUAGUUUCGUCUGCUGGUGGGGAGGAGAAAUCAAAUGUGGCGCUGAGUAAAGAACCGGUUGGUGAUCUGGUCGGUUAAGUAGUAGCAAUGGUGGUAGUACUGAACCCUCCGAGGAAGUUCAGAGAUUUUCCGAGGAAGAGGCUGCAUUCCUUCGGUCCCUUGGUUGGGAAGAAACUUCCGGAGAAGAUGAAGGCCUUACCGAGGAGGAGAUCAACGCUUUCUAUCAGGAGGUAAACCAGAAAAAAACAAACUUUGCACACUUUUGUAGCUAGCUGGGUCGCGCGGUAGUAGUUGACGUUGUUUUGGAAGGGCCUGUAACUGACAUGGGUUGUUGUGGUUUCGCCUUUGACAGUACAUGAAACUGAAGCCAUCGCCGAAAGUGAAUGGGCAAUUGCAGUAGCAGAAGUUGGUUGAUUCUGUGGAGGGAACUUCAUCUUGGUUGAACUCUUCCGGCUCUGGUUCUGAAGAUUGAAGAUUUUUGUCACUAUAUUUGGAGAUGGAAGAUGAGAGAUAACAGGACUGGCAAUUUUUGAUGGGCAGACAGGUCACAGAUGGGUAGUAGUUCCUGUUUUUCGGUUCUUUUCAUUGUUUUUUUUUUUUGGGGGGUUCCUCUUUUAUUUUCCGGUGUUGGGAAGAAAGCUGAUGUUGUUACUAUAGGCAGGGGGGAAGGAAAAGGGUGGGUUGCUGUUUUGCAAAUAGUGCAAUAAAGAAAAGAGAGUAGUUGCCUCUGGUUCUCUUCUUCGCUUGCUGCUGCUGCUGCUGUUGUCUAGGAGGCAAAUUUUUUCAUCAAGUUAUUACGGUCUACACUUGUCAGUAGUCUCUCCCUCGUAAUCUCACACACAGUUGGAUUUUUUGGGGGAAGAAAGAAAGGAAACCGGUAAAGGAAUGGCCGGCGGGUGAUGGGUUGGGCCGGAAAGGAUUACAUCUUUUGGGGAUACUUUGUCUCUUAUAUAAUUUUUUUUUUUCAUUCUACAAGGAAAAGCCCAGCUUCUUUCUCGUGUUCUUUUGUCAAUUUUUUGCUCAAAAGGAAAAGAAAUUUAGAAAAAAGAAAAGGAGAGAAAAUGAAGUUCCAUUCUUAGUGUUGUUGUUGGUAGAGAGUAGAAUGACUCACUUCUGGAAGCAAAUCAUCCUUUUGAGAGUGCUCUAUCAUCCUUCAUGGGAGCAAAUCAAUGUGCACAAAUCUUGAGCUCUUGCCCGGGAGAUGUUUGUGAAAGGGAAAAUCCUGAAGUUCCCGUUUGUCAUGCAUGUCAGAGUCAAUUCUCCAUUG